AUGGCCGCCCGCCGCUCCGGGCCCGGGCCUGGCCCUGGCCAGCCUCACCGCCGCACCGAGCCGCCGCCAGAACCAAGCGAGGCCGGCGGGGUUCCGGGGGAGGUGUGCGUUCUCCGUCCUCGCCGCCGCCCGGCCAAGGGGGGUGUCCCGGGAAGCAACCCCUCCAUAGAGGGGAGACCGCCACCGCCGCCCACCUUGCAUCCCGCCCCCGUUCACCGGUUAAAGCCGCGCCGGGGCUGCCCUGCUCUCGCCCGGGGAGGCGGCGAGAUACAAGGGGCCCCCAGUAGGGGGCGCUGCUCGGCGCUCCCGCCGGUUUCCGGGGAAGCGGCAACGCGCGGGACGCGGAGAGCUGCGGCCGCCGGUGAGCGGAGAGCGGGGACCGGGACAGCGCCCGGGAACGCAACCCCGCAGCCCGGCCUGUCGGCCCCGCCACACGGAGACGGGGGCCGAGUGGCCGCCUUCGUCACAGCCCGGAGCGGGCAGCGGCCGGGACGAGGGCGGCUCGCCGGGGAGCGCGACGGGCCCCGCGCGGGGGGGGGCGCGGUGGAGGGAGCGGGCCGGGGCGGGGGAGCGCCGGCCGGGGCCCGGGCCGCGGUGUCGGGCCUGGGCCUCCCCGCGGAGGCAGCGGAGUCCGCAGGGCCUUCCGGCGGGAGCAGUUUGUUUGUGCGGCCGUUGCCUAACAACGGCGCGGCGCUGCUUAAAGGGGCUGAGCCCGGGGUGCUGCUUGCGCGCCCCGCUGCCUCUGGCAGCGCCUCACAGCCGUGCCGAGGGGCACCGGUGCUUCCGGGAGUGCCCGAGGAAUGCUGCCGCGGAGGGAAGGAGGGAGGCGGUACGUGUGCUGGCCGGCGCUGCAGGCCCGGGCCGGGGGAGAAGCACUGCCCCGAGGUGUUAGGCUCAAGAGAGAGGAACUCUCUGUCCUGGCUCUGA